AGAGAGAGAGAGAGAGAGAGAGAGAGAGAGAGAGAUUGCAGCCAGAUAACCCUACUCAUAUAUCCAGGACGCUGCAGCUCUUUUUCAGACGGAACUUCCAAGUCAAAGCUCCCGGAGAGAAAGCAGCUAUCAGUCCCAGCCCCGCUGCGCCCUGCACGGUCCCGCCUGCCUGCCUGCCUGCCUGCCUGCAGGAUCCACCGGCGGUUCGUUUGGGACUCCAGGAAUCCGCAUUAAAAGACCACUGACCAGGGAAACAAUGAAGAUGCUCCUGCCUCUGGUAAUCCUUCAGCUGCUCUUGGCUCCAGUGCUCAUGGUGCCCAGUGUGGAUCACUGGGACACAUGGGGUCCUUACGGAGAGUGCAGCCGGAGCUGUGGCAGCGGAGUGACCAUGAGAACCAGACGCUGUAUCACCCUCAGGACCGAUGGAGGACACAACUGUGUUGGACCAGACAAGUCUUACCGCACCUGCAACAUCCAGGACUGUCCCGAGGGAUCCAAGGAUUUCCGUGAAGAGCAGUGCGCCCAGUUUGAUGGCACUGACUUCCAGGGGAAACGCUACAAGUGGCUCCCAUAUUAUGGAGCUGAGAACCCCUGUGAGCUGAACUGCAUGCCAAGAGGAGAGAACUUUUUCUAUCGCCACCGCAGCUCUGUGGUCGACGGUACGCCCUGUCACCCUGGAAGGAGGGAUGUUUGUGUGGAGGGAGUCUGCAAGCGUCUGGGCUGUGACAACGUAUUGGAGUCUGCGCAGCAGGAAGACCCCUGCCUGCAGUGUGGGGGGAACGGACAGUCCUGCUACCAAGUCAAGAACAGCUUCUCUGUACGCGGCCUUCCAACUGGCUACAACCAGAUGUUCAUCAUCCCUGUUGGAGCCACCACCAUUAGCAUCAGAGAAACAGUGGCCACACGCAACUACCUUGCUAUCAAGAACCUGCGUGGUGAGUACUACCUCAAUGGCCACUGGGUAAUUGAGUUUUCCAGGGCGACACCCAUUGCUGGAACUAUGCUGUACUACCAGCGAGGAGCUGAGGGAGACAACGUCCCAGAAACCAUCAUCGGCCGCGGCCCCACCACCGAGCCCCUUGUUGUUGAGCUGAUCAGCCAGGAGCCCAACCAAGGAGUGGAGUAUGAAUUUUAUCUUCCCAAUGGACGCUCCAGAGAGGGCUACUACUGGAGCUUUGGAUCCUGGUCUACCUGCAGCAGAGAGUGCGGAUCAGGCUACCAGUCUCGUUUGGUCUUCUGCACCAUUGAUAACGAGGCCUACCCCGACUAUCUCUGUGCAUCUCUGCCCAGGCCACAGACCAACCGGACAUGCAACCCCCAUGUUUGCCCACAGAUCCGCAGGAUGGCGUACCUGUAUCCACCACAGUUGUGGAGAUCCUCUGAAAGAUCCAGGGCCUAUUUGUUCAGCUGGAAAACCGGCGAGUGGAACACCUGCUCAGUUACCUGUGGUGGAGGCUCUCAGGUGCGCAGCGUGCAGUGUGUCUCCCAUGAUGCCGCUGGGCCCCGCGUGGUGGAGGAUGCCAUUUGUGCCGCCUACGCUGAGGCACCGCCCUCUCUGCAGACCUGCAACAUGCAACAGUGUGCAGAGUAUCAAGUGACUAGAUGGAGCGCGUGCUCAGUGACCUGUGGUUCAGGCGAACAGACCAGGGAAGUCACCUGUGUUGGUUCAGCAGGAAUGAGGCUGGAGGAAACAUCCUGCAGCGCCCUGCUCCGCCCGACUGCCGUCCGACCCUGUGAGAUGGCCGCCUGCCUGAGACAGAUCAGCUGGCACGUCGGAGACUGGGGGCUGUGCUCUAAGAGCUGUGGCUCCGGCUCCCGAGAGCGGCAGGUGAUCUGCUCAGACCAAGAGAGGAACCUGUACCCUGUGAGCCAAUGUAACGCCCACCCCAAACCCUCCACCAUGGAGCGCUGCAACACCCAGUCCUGCUACAGCCCACAGGUGGUUCCCAGCAUCCAGGACGCACGAGGACAUGACACCACGCAGACUGUUUUCCAGCCCUAUGUGCCAGACCACGCAACAGCCCGCCGGCCAGAGACAGAUCCAACACGUACAAACACAGUCCAAGACCCUCACGGCUCUGCCCCAGCCCUCCACUGCAGCCAGUCCUAUUAUGGCUGCUGCCCAGAUGGACGUACCUCAGCCAGGGGACCCCAGGGUCUGGGCUGCCCACAUGUCCCAGCUCCCCCUCCUGCCCAGCCACUCUGCACCCAGACCAGUUAUGGCUGCUGCCAAGACCGGGUGACGGCUGCUCAGGGCCCCAACAGGGAGGGCUGCGCCGAGUAUGCUGCCCCUGCACCCGCUGCUCCUUCUCUCCCCACUGAGAAUGCAGCACAGUGCCGUCUCACCACCUAUGGGUGCUGUUAUGACCGCACCACACCUGCAGGAGGACCCAACGGGGAGGGCUGCCCCAACCCACCCAACCACAUUGAGCACUCCAUCUGCUCCUUGCCUCGUUCUGCCGGCUCCUGCAGCACCUGGACACCACGCUACCACUACGACGUCAUCACCUCCAAGUGUCUGCACUUCUGGUACGGAAGUUGCCACGGCAACAGCAACAACUUCAUGACCCGGGCUGAUUGCCAGAGGGCGUGCCAGGCGCCUUCACCGAGCCAGCAGGGCCCGGGGCCGCUCGCUCCCGCCGGAGAGCCCACUCCUAGAAGAGAAUCCACCCCUGGAAGCUCCACAUCUGGAGGAGGAUCCACCGCUGGAGGGUCAACAGGUGCGGGGUCCCGCAACAUGGGGAGGAUUUUCACAGUGCAGGGAGGCACCGGCACCGGCAGACAGGCCACCAGUGCCGCCUCACAUGCCCACAGAGCUAGAGUCCAUCUGCGCCCCCGCAGACCUUCCCCUGCUACUGCUGCACAGCACAUGGGCCCAGCAGCGAGUUUGACCCUGGGAGAAGUGAGCAUUGAUAAGACGGACCCCUCCACAGUGGAAGCUUUAGUGGGCCAGACAGUUGUGCUGCCCUGCCGAGUUAGCCCACCGCCGUCCUCCACUGUCAGUGUCCAGUGGAGAAGAGACGGCGUCCCUCUGUCUACUCACAGGCAUCUCCAGCAGCCCAAUGGUUCCCUGUUAGUUGGUCCUCUGACUAAGUCGGACUCUGGUUGGUUCUUGUGCGUGGCUACUCGUGAACAGGAGAGAGACCACCGCUACAUUUACCUGUCUGUCUCAGAGGGAUCCUCUCAGCUGGUUCCAACCUCACUGCCCAGAGAUGGUCCUCUCCCUCGGUUCAGUAUUGAGCGGUCAAGCUCAUCUUUACUGGAAAUGCGAGCGGGACAAACUGCCAGACUGUCCUGCUCCAUCGUCCCUUCCUCAGCACUUCAGUUUGUCAACAUUCAGUGGACUAAAGAUGGACACACCCUCAGUGACUCCAGGUAUAGCCAACAUUCAGACGGCACUCUGACCAUCGGCUCUGUGAAGUCUGCAGACUCUGGCGUGUACACAUGUACCGCCUCCUCUCAGCAGCAGCUGGAGCAGAAACAGCUGCAGCUCAGAGUCCAAGCCGAUCUGAAGAUCACCACAGCUCCCAAUAACAUCCAGGUGUCUGAAGGCAGCACAGCUAUGCUCCCCUGUGUGGUAUCAGGAGACAACGUCAACAUCGGCUGGUCCAGGAAUGGCGUUCCAGUGCGUCCAGACGGCCGUACCAUCCUGAUGUCCUCUGACGGCAGCCUGAUCCUGAAUCACGUGAAGCCUUCAGAUGAGGGCACUUACACCUGCAACGCUUACACUGGCAUCUACUCUGUGAGUGCCACGGCCGAAGUUCGAGUCACUAAAGACACACAACAAGGUGAUGACGUGCCUCCAGAGUGCGUGGACCAGCCGGAGCUCGCCAACUGCGAGCUGAUAGUCUACGCCCGACUUUGCUCCAACUCGUACUACUCCAGCUUCUGCUGUGCCAGUUGUACCAGGCACUCACAGAACAAGGACAGGUUUGGUCGGCUAGGCUGAAGCCGCAGAGGGUUUAAAAACUGUGGGAUGGGUGGGAGAGGGGGGGGAGAGAGUGUUUGAAAUGUUAAAGUUGUUUUUGGAGGACUGCAUUUAAAAAAAAUAUAUAUAUAUAUAUACACUGAACUUUUGCCAAAAGGACUCCAAACACUCAUAUCUGACCAGGUUGUGCAGAAUCACAAUUAGGGCUUUCCAAAAGUCAAUGUGUAAUCG